CGCAACAAGCCAACGGCAACAACACUCAACUUCAAAGAGAAUCUGCUAGAGCGGAGAGCAAACGGAAAAGGAAAGUCCGAACGGCUGGCGAUACGUGAAAACAGCUGCCUUCGACUAGUCCUUCCGUCUUUCCACUCCCCAAUCCCCAUGCGAUUUCCAACUUAAUUAGUUCAGAGAGAGAGAGAGAGGUUCCCUCAUGGCGACUUCGUCCAUCUCUGCAGUUUCAGUCUGGCCGUCUUCGUCCCUGACCUCAGUGAAAGGCAGGGCAAGCUCAGCUUCUUUGAACUCACGAAACCGUUUUACUUACAACCCCUUGUCUUUUUCUUCCUGUUCUUCGCAUCGAUCUUUCAGGAGAAAAUUUUGUAGAGUCCAAGCAACAAUUUUGCAAGAUGAAGAAGAGAAGGUAGUUGUGGAGAAGUCCUUCCAACCAAGUAGCUUUCCUCAGAAUGAUGGGGAAGGAAGCAACGGGGAUACAUCGGAGAAUACAUCCGUCAGUGCAUUGGAGAGUUGGGUCAUCAAGUUUGAGCAAUCCAUAAAUAUCUUUCUCACGGAUUCAGUUAUAAAGAUACUUGAUACUCUGUACCAUGACCGGAAUUAUGCUAGGUUUUUUGUGCUGGAGACUAUCGCAAGAGUUCCUUAUUUUGCCUUUAUGUCUGUUCUACAUAUGUAUGAGAGUUUUGGUUGGUGGAGAAGAUCAGAUUAUUUGAAAGUGCAUUUUGCUGAGAGCUGGAAUGAGAUGCACCAUCUUCUUAUCAUGGAGGAACUGGGAGGAAACUCGUGGUGGUUUGAUCGCUUCCUUGCACAACACAUUGCAGUAUUUUAUUAUUUCAUGACAGUUUUAAUGUAUAUGGUGAGCCCACGAAUGGCAUGUAAGUAUAUUGCGAUUCUGGUUAUGAAUUAA